GUGGGAUGGGUGGGACGGCUCCGGUUUCCACCAAGUCAUGAUGGGACGAGGAGACCUUUGGAGCCAAGACAUCACGUGGGUGCUGGGCAGCCCUUAAGGCGCGCCGACGGGCGUGCGGGGAAGGCAGACGCGCGCCUGCAGCCAUGACCAUCCCUAUCGCCAAGUCUUUCUACGACCUGAGCGCCACCUCCUUGCAGGGGGAGAAGGUGGAUUUCAAUGUUUUCCGAGGCCGCGUGGUCCUCAUCGAGAACGUGGCGUCUCUCUGAGGCACCACGGUGCGGGAUUACACCCAGCUCAACCAGCUGCAAGCCCGCUACCCCCGGCGGCUGGUCGUGCUGGGCUUCCCCUGCAACCAGUUUGGCUACCAGGAGAACUGCGCCAAUGAGGAGAUCCUCAACAGCCUGAAGUACGUGCGGCCCGGAGGGGGCUUUGAGCCCAACUUCAUGCUCUUCCAGAAGUGCCAGGUGAAUGGGACAGACACUCACCCCGUCUUCACCUACCUGAAGGCUCACCUGCCGGCACCAGCCGACGAGGCAGCACACCUGAUGGCUGAGCCUCGCUUCAUCACCUGGAGCCCUGUGCGGCGCUCCGACAUCUCCUGGAACUUUGAGAAGUUCCUGGUGGGUCCCGAAGGGGAACCGUUCCGGCGCUACAGUCCCCGCAUGCCCACGGCCCAGCUGGAGCCCGACAUCCAGCGUCUCCUCAAGUUGGCCAAGUAGGUGCUGUUCCGAGGUCCUUGCCACCCCCCAUGGUCCCUGCUCUCCGCAGGGUGACGGCCCCCUCUGAAACUGCCGCAGGGAGGGGGCCCGAUGGUGGCAGAGAGCAGGAGGCACCGGGGUGGCGCAGGACAGCGGCAAUAAAGGAGACGGAGGGAGCAUACCCGCGUCUGUGUGGAUUCAGUGAGGGCAGCCAGGAAUGAGCCCCGCAGUGCCAGAGCUGGGAAACGGUGGAGCAGGGAUGGAGCAGGACUAGGGUGACAGCGCCAAGGUCCCUGCGGGCACUGCCAAGUCCGGGUGCCAACGGCAGCACCGUGCCCCACGGGAGCAAGUUUGGCAGCCGUGGCUCACCCAGCUCCUUCCUGCUCUGGGAACGUGCUUCCCCUGGGUGGGUGGGUUACAAAUCCAUAGCAA